AUGCCCUGGCUUGCACCCGACACAUAUCCACUGCCUGAGCAUGACCUCGUGUCCUUCAGUUUCGGUAAUGCAACAUAUGAUCUAGACAAGCCGGUCUACUACGACAUCGAUGACCCCAAUCGAACAAUAUCAUGGAACCAAGGCUACCGCAUUGUCCGCAAACUAGUCGCUGGCUUUCGCGCGGCGGGCCUUCAGCGAGGCGACUGCUUUAGUAUAACGUCCUUCAAUGACAUAAUGUAUUCAAUGGUUUUCCUUGGGGGCGUAGGCGCAGGGGGCAUCUUCUCGGGAACGAAUCCCGCAUACCGCGUCCACGAGGUUCGACACCAUAUUCGAACAGCGCAGGUGAAGCUCUUCAUCGUGGAACCAGAACUUCUGGACGUCGUGUAUGAGGGAGCGAUUGCGGAGGAGAUUACAAAGGACAAGAUAUUCAUUUUCAAUGUGCGAGGCCAGAGCGUACCUGAUGGGUUUCGGUCUUGGGAAUGGCUGUUGUCACAUGGCGAACAGGAUUGGGAUAGUAUUACUGACCUUCAGACGCUCAAGACUACAGAUGUGGCAAGGUUGACCACGAGCGGGACGACCGGCCUCCCGAAAGUCGCAUGCCAGAGCCAUUACAAUGCUACUUCGUACCACACGAUGACCGUCACUAUGAACGAGGACAAGAUCACUUGGGAGCCCCGAAACAUAUGUCCACUACCAAUGUUCCACGUAGCCACCGUACCAGCUAUUCACGCUUCGCCAUUUCGAUCUGGCCACCCGGUGUGGAUUAUGCGGCGAUUCGAAUUGGAGCCAUAUCUCGAGGGCAUCGAGCGCUUGAAGAUCACCAACCUAGGAAUGGUACCCCCUCUGAUCAUCGCCAUCAUCAAUUCCCCGCUUUCGCAGAAGUACUCGCUGAAGAGCGUGCGUGCGGUGGGUGCCGGCGCUGCACCGCUCGACGCGGGCUCCCAAAGGAGACUCCAGGCUCUCUGUGCUGCUGACUGUGUUGUCACGCAGGUGAUGGGCAUGACGGAGACGACGAGUGCGAUUUGUCUGUUCUACUACCCCCAAGGGGACGAGACGGGGAGCGUUGGAAGAAGAUUUAUGCCUGGGACUGAUGUUAAGCUUGUCGAUGACGACGGAAACGACGUGACGGACUAUGACGUGCGGGGGGAGCUCUGCGUGCGCGGGCCUACGGUCGUUCGCUGUUACUUCAACAAUGACAAGGCGAAUAAAGAGUCUUGGGAUGAGGAUGGGUACUUCCAUACUGGAGACAUCAUGUACUGUGAUCGCAAGCUGAAUAAGUGGUACAUCGUUGAUCGAAAGAAGGAACUGAUUAAAGUGCGUGGCUUCCAGGUUGCACCGCCUGAGCUCGAAGCAGUACUCUUGGAAAAGAAAGACAAGAUUGUCGAUGCCGCUGUCAUUGGGGUAAGGCUGAAGAAGGACUCUGAAGAUGAGUCGCCACGAGCAUAUGUCGUGCGACGACUAGGCUCCGACAUCUCAGAGGAGGAAGUGAAAAGAUAUGUCAGCGAUACACUGGCUGCAUACAAACAACUCACAGGUGGCGUGGUAUUCUUGGACGAAAUCCCAAAGAGUCCAAGUGGAAAGAUUUUGAAGCGGGUGUUGCGUGAACAGGCACAAAGGGAAAUCUUGGUCCAGGCGAGAUUAUAA